UUUAUGCAAGAGAUUUGGCUUCCGGAUCUAGGUUGAGACGAUAAACUUUCAACUGAGCUGUGCCAAAGGUGGAACAGUGUUCUCCAGAGCUAUUCGGUCCUAGACCAGGUCAGAAUUCCCAGGUGGGUUUCCUUCCGUCCAGAGCUCCGCGUAGAGCAUCACGGAUUCUGUGACGCCUCGCAAAAGACAUACGGGGCUGCGAUCUAUGUGCGCGUAGAGAUGGGCCAUAAGACGAUGAUGCACUUGCUCACGGCCAAGACGCGUGUGGCUCCAGUCAAAACGGUGUCCCUUCCUAGGCUGGAGUUAUGCGGGGCUCUUUUGUCCGAGAUGGCCAAAGCCAUCCUUCCUAAUAUGCCGAGGCUGAAAUCAAAACUCCAUUGUUGGACCGAUUCCACGAUUGUGCUAGCAUGGUUAGCCAAACCAGCGAGUCAUUGGACAACGUUCGUUUCCAACAGGGUAGUGACGAAGAUCACCGAGUCCACAGAGGCAGCCAAUUGGUCACAAGUUCAAUCCGAACACAAUCCAGCUGAUUUGGCUAGUCGAGGAGUUCCCCUUCAAGAGCUUGUGGAUAGCCCGCUUUGGUGGCAUGGACCCACUUGGCCACGCGUUCAAUGGCCUAGCCAGGGAACCGACCUGCCGGCGACCGAGAUCGAAAGGGGUGCCGUCAAAGCCCAUGUAGCGUUUAUGCCGACAGAGGAUUUCCUUGAUCGCAUUUCCAAAUUAGAUAGAGCAUUGCGGGUCCUCGCGUAUGUCCAUCGAUUUAUCCAGCGAUGUCGAAGACAAUCACCGCUUUCCGGGAUCCGUCUAGAGGCCAAAGACGUUGACGCCACGGAACGGCUCAUGACAAUUUGUACUCAGCUCAAGUAUUUUUCUGAAGAAUACCGCUGCUUGAGUCAGAAGCGCCUGAACCCCUUUCUAGACCAAAAAGGGCUAAUCUGGGCAUGCGGCCGCGUAACGGCCUCCGAGAGUUUGCGGUAUGAUGAACGACAUACUAUGUUCCUACCGUACGAAUGUGCACUCUCGCGGCUUUUGGUAAAAUUUACGCAUCUCAUUUCAUUACAUGGUGGUGAUCAGUUAGUGGUGCGUUUCACCCGGUCCAGAUACUGGUUUCCGAGAAUAAAGAACUUGGUGAAGGCAUUGGUUAACUCCUGCAAGGUCUGCGUUAUCCACAAAAAGAGAUUGCAAGUCCAGAUGAUGGGAAGCUUUCCGAAAGAGCGAGUGUCUUUUUCCCGUCCGUUCACGUACAAAUUAACGAGUGUGAGGGGAGGGGAACGCUCGAUGUGGGGUCCCUCGCCGCUGUCUCCAAUAAUUCGCCGGUUGGCCGCACUGCUCUUAUGUUGAGAUAGGGAGAUUGCUGUCUCCAAUAAUUCGUAGCCCGUCGGCCGUACUGCUCCUAUGCUGAGAUAGGGAGAUUAGGGUGGAAGGGAACUGUCCUUCGAUACCGCUGGCCUAGAGACUCAGUCGGUAUAUUGGUUAAUAAAAGAUUUUACGGCUAA